AUGUCACAUCCGAUCCGUUCCAUAGCCCGGCCACAAUAUUUUAUCGUUUGGUUUUUGAUUCUAGGAAACUGCGAGGAUGGGGCGAUUUGGCGAGUAGACCAAAAAGUUGUCAAAAUACGUCUUCCGUCGGAAACCCUAAAGCUGAAACUAGCAGGUUCGCCAAAGCAUUUCGCCUUGUUCAGUACACCACCCUCAUCGUGUUCCGCUGUGCUAAGCCAGAUAUCAUCUAGCUUCCCGAUCUGGAUACCAGGCCGCCCUAUACCAGUGCAGGGGAUAGAGCAAAAGACUCCACCCGAUCCCACUACUCUGCGUGACGUCAUUGUUGCUGUGAUCUUCAUUAUAGUGUAA